CUGCAGGACUAUGGAUUUUGGGAGGUAAAAGGCUCAUUAACUCAACUCUUCACAAAUGUGUGACCUGUCGUAGACUCAGAGGACGGAUGCAGGAGCAGUUAAUGGCGGAUUUGCCACCAGAGCGUCUCAAAGCCUGCCCUCCCUUCACGUAUGUGGGGUUAGAUGUCUUCGGACCAUGGCACAUCACUACCAGACGUACAAGAGGAGUUCAGCCUGAGAGCAAGAGGUGGGCCAUAUUAUUCUGUUGUAUGAGCUCCAGGGCGGUUCACAUUGAGGUGAUUGCCUCAAUGGACACUUCGAGUUGUAUCAAUGCCUUAAGGCGUUUCUUUGCCAUAAGAGGACCAGCCAAACAACUGCGGUCAGAUUGUGGCACGAAUUUCAUAGGGGCCUGCAGAGAACUCGGGAUGAGCGCAGACCAACCAGACACCGCUGUGCAGAGGUACCUACACCAACAAGGAUGCUCCUGGGUGUUUAACCCACCGCAUGCUUCGCACAUGGGUGGUUCAUGGGAACGUCUCAUUGGAGUGGCUCGAAGGAUUCUGGACUCAAUGCUUCUUGAAAAUGGCACUCGCCUGACCCAUGAAGUCUUGUGUACACUAAUGGCGGAGGUGACAGCAAUUAUGAAUGCAAGGCCUCUGGUUCCAGUUUCAAAUGAUCCAGAGGAUCCAUUCAUUCUCACACCAUCUAUGUUAUUAACUCAGAAAGUCGGUACUCCACCUCCUCCAGGAGACUUUACGGACAGAGACCUCUUAACCAAGCAGUGGAGACAAGUACAAGCCUUGUCCAACAUGUUCUGGCGCCGUUGGAGACAAGUGUACUUGUCAACUUUACAAGGCCGGAAGAAAUGGACCAAGUCCCACCAAAAUCUGCAGGAAGGAGAUGUCGUCCUCCUCAAAGACAACCUAGUUGUCCGCAACAACUGGCCUAUGGCGAUAAUCACAAAGGUUAUUCCUGGAGAAGACGGGAAAGUCCGUAAGGUGGAAUUGAAGACCACGGAUCAAGGACAUUCAAAAAAGUACCUUAGACCAGUGACGGAACUUGUUUUGCUUCUGAGUAAAGAAUGAUGUUCAUAUGUUUAGUUAAUACAUAACUUGUUAAGUGUAGUGACCUCACAGAUGCCAGGCGGGGAGUGUGUUGCCAUUAAGGCAAAAUGUUAAGGACUUUUAUUUUGAUAUGAUGUAGAUCUGGAGUUCGGGGUUAGAGGUUAUUUCCUGUAAGGAAA